CAGCGACACUCACCGACCUAGUCAAUAGCCUCGUCGUCUUCAUGGCGCAAGUCGCAGGGGUGCAGACUCUACAAAGGCCACUCAAUACAACGACGCGCUUACUCGAGGAAGAGGCACUCCCGCGCUAUACGGAGAAUCCAGCCUACGAAUCCACUGCACCUCCUCAAGAUGUCACACGACAAGCUGUGCGUCGGCAUGAGUAUAAAGUCAAGGAAGACUUGAAACGGCAAGCAAAAGAUCUAGCGGCGUGUGAAAAGAUACGACCGUACUUGCCUGCGUUGUAUGCGCAACUGAUGCGUGCUGUGGAGAGGGGACAAUCUUCCCAAGCAUCCGUCGGUCCAGCUGCUUUGAGAUCUGCGCACCUGAGGGAGCCUGUGGGUGUGGAUAUAACGUUCAAGCUACGAGGGAUUGAUCAAAAGGCAUUACGGCGUAAUCUGCCGCGGUUGUUGGUGGAAUACGCGGCAGCGCAGGAUGUGAUUGCGCAGACGGAGCUGGCGACUGCUGCUGCUGCUGCUGCUGCUUCUGCUGAUAGGUUGCAUGAUGGCUCAAUGAGUGAUGCAGCUGGUGCGCCGCUAUUGCACGCUCAGACAGCACCUGCAUCGACUCUGAUGCAUGAGAGUGAGAGGCCUGCUGCACUACACAGAGCAGCGACGACCUUUCAAUCACGGAUUCAUGAUGCCGACAGACUGCAAGUGGAGGGUCUGUUCUUUGACAAGUACAUUCAAAAGAUCUACUUCAGCAAGCGGUUUGUCGGGAUGUUCAGGAAGAAUGAGUUGGGCGAGAGGCAGGUUGGUCUUGGGCUGGCGUUCAUUGUGUUUGGGUCGAAGCUGGGUCUGCCAUUAUGUGAUGUGAUUACCUAUGCUGCGUUGGACCUGCCGCGACUUGCCUUGCAGGGGAUCACGGGAAGGCAGAAGCUGACAUUGCGGAUGUGAGUAUGUGGGUUUGGUUAUACAUAUGAUUGAUAGCGAUGGCAGGUAAAUGUGCAUUGUGCAA